CAACACCAAAUACAGUAACAAUAGCAGCGAUUGGAUAGCAAAACUGGCGCUGCCCACUGUCUGCUCACGCCCACAAUGACAGCCGCUCCGCCCGCCCAUGAUAAUGGCGAACAGCAGCAACAACAAUAUGCAUUAGUUAAGCGCGCCGAAGAUGAACGCGAGGAUAUUUUCAAGCGCUACGAACUGGGCCUGGAUCCCAACAAUGUGGUCGACUCCUGGGAGAAUCCCACAUUCGAAAUCUAUCACAUAACCGACAAAUACGGCUUUAUGCACGACUCCCGCCUGCCAUCAUCACGCGACUCACAGGAAGUGCAUCGCAACAAGAUUGAGCUGGAGCGGGACAAGAAAUGGAUGAAAAUGUUAAACCAUUGGCCGCCGCCACAGGAUAAACUGCAUAAGCGCGUCUACAAGGGUAUUCCGGAUAAGGUACGCUGGCCAGCUUGGAAACAGUUGCUCAAUGUCGAUGACUCGAUGAAGAACAAUGUGGGCGUAUAUGCGCGCAUGCUACAGCUGGCCAAACAGAAUGCCACAGAGACGCGGCAAAUCGAUGCGGACGUAAAUCGUCAGUUUCGUGACAAUCUCGCCUAUCGGGAACGCUACAGUGUCAAGCAAUGCUCGUUGUUCAAUGUGUUGAAUGCGUACAGCAUCUACAACUCGGAGCUGGGCUACUGCCAGGGUAUGGCUUGUGUGGCGGGCGUCUUGUUGCUCUACAUGCAGGAGGAGGAGGCAUUCUGGGCACUCAAUACCCUAAUUACGGAUCGUAAAUAUGGCAUGCACGGCCUGUUCAUCGAAGGAUUCCCAAAGUUGACACGCUUUAUUGAGCAUCACGAUCGCAUUCUAUCCAAGAUAAUGCGCAAACUGCAUAAACACUUUAUCAAAAACAAUGUGGAUGCACUGCUCUAUGCUAUCAAGUGGUUCUUUGUCGUCUUUGUGGAGCGCGUGCCUUUUAGUCUGAGUUUACGGGUGUGGGAUAUCUUUCUGCUCGACGGAGAUAAAGUUAUUUUGGCCAUGGCCGUUACCAUUCUCUAUCUGCACAAGGAUGAACUGCUGCGCCUCAAGGAUAUGGAUGGUAUUAUUGAAUAUCUGCAGGUGAAGCUUCACAAGAAUUUCGGCUACAACGACGACGACGCCAUCCAGGCGCUGGAACGUGUAAUGAAGAAGCUAAAGGAUCUUAAGCUUGAUGUUCCGCCACCAGCGAAAUCCAAUGAGUUUCCCACUCGACAGCUGGGCGUGUUCGUAGAAGCGGAUCGAGAGAAGAAGACCGGACGCAGACGUGACUACAGCGAUACGGAAAAGCAAGUCUUAACCGAUGUGAUAUCAAGACAAGAACAAAACGCAAUUGAGGUGCAAUCAACUGUAUCAUAUGAGACAUCCGAGUGCGCUACUGGUGAUGCGUAUUCAAUGAAAACCUAUCAGAGUAUGACUAGUUUAGCCACAUCGCCGGCGAUUAGCAGUUACUCGCUGUAUAGCAAUGGGUUUGUGAUCACCGGUCCCGAAGACAACCGCAGCCAGAGUGUUAACAAUCUCAACUAUCCCUGGCACCAGAUGCAUCACCUCCAAUCUGUUGAUUCAUUGCCAAAUGGCCGGGGCAAGAGGCAUAGUUACAGCAGCGAUAGCGAUAGUCGCAAUCGUCUCGAUCUGGACAUGGCGCUGGAGGCGCUUCAAUGUCAACAGCUGCAGUUGCAGCAUGAGAAUCACCAAACCGUAUCAUCUCCAGCUCCAACUCCAGCUCACAGCGUACGCAUCAUUGUCCAGAAUGGGAAAGGAGAUGAUCGGCACGAGAAGAUUACAACAAAUGUGCACAAACAUAAUGUUGUUGUUAAUAACGAAAAUAAUGCUAUAGGUGGCAAUACUAAUGCCAAUGCUAAUGAUGAUGAUGAUGAUGAUGCGCUGAGCGUGGAGAAUACGCGUCUUUAGUCUGUUUUGUAUAUUUUAAGCUUUAUUUGUACUUGAUUUGAUCUUUGAUUUUGCCGUUGCUCAAAGUUAAAUGUUAUGCCAAUUAAUUAGUGAAUGAAAUUUAUGUAAUUAGCUUUAAUUUGGCUAUCAAAAUAGUUGUUCAAAUUUUUGCCUAGCACAUAAUCAUAUGAUAUAUACCUAUAUAUAAAUAAUGUGUAUUGUAAUAACGUUACUGUAUUACGUUAAAAAUUUCUCAAAAUUCUGAUAUUACAUGUACUGAUAUAUGGAUCAGUCCUAUUCCACUGAUAACUGAUAAUUCCUAAGAUACUACCAACGAUUCCAGCAAUACGUACAACGAUUUCAAUGCACAACCAACCAACUAACUAUUUUCUACUACUUACGUAUUUAUUAACGCCCCCACUUAAUUAUUCCUGAUAAAUUUAUACUACUUUAUACCUUAUACAGAACAAACAAAACAUAUUCAAAUGAUAUGUCUGCCUAAGUU